CCCACCAUCCCCGCGCCCCCUCCCUGCAGCCGGCCGCGAUGGCGGAUCCAGCCGAAUGCAGCAUCAAAGUGAUGUGCCGGUUCCGGCCCCUCAACGAGGCGGAGAUCCUCCGCGGGGACAAAUUCAUCCCCAAAUUCAAAGGCGACGAGACCGUGGUGAUCGGGCAAGGGAAGCCAUAUGUCUUUGACAGGGUGCUGCCGCCCAACACAACCCAAGAGCAGGUUUACAAUGCGUGUGCGAAGCAGAUUGUCAAAGAUGUCCUUGAAGGUUAUAAUGGGACGAUUUUUGCAUAUGGGCAGACUUCAUCAGGAAAAACUCAUACCAUGGAGGGGAAGCUGCAUGACCCUCAGCUCAUGGGGAUCAUCCCCAGGAUUGCACACGACAUCUUUGACCAUAUCUACUCCAUGGAUGAGAACCUGGAGUUUCACAUCAAGGUUUCGUAUUUUGAGAUCUACUUGGACAAAAUAAGGGACUUACUUGAUGUGUCCAAGACCAACCUGGCUGUUCAUGAAGAUAAAAACAGAGUCCCAUAUGUAAAGGGGUGCACCGAGAGGUUUGUGUCCAGCCCUGAGGAGGUCAUGGACGUGAUAGACGAAGGCAAAGCAAACCGACAUGUGGCUGUAACAAACAUGAAUGAACACAGCUCUAGAAGUCACAGUAUCUUCCUGAUUAAUAUUAAACAAGAGAAUGUGGAGACUGAAAAAAAACUCAGUGGGAAGCUUUAUUUGGUUGAUUUGGCUGGGAGCGAAAAGGUCAGCAAAACUGGUGCCGAGGGAGCUGUUCUGGAUGAAGCUAAAAAUAUCAAUAAGUCUUUGUCUGCUCUUGGAAACGUGAUCUCUGCCUUGGCAGAAGGGACAAAAACACAUGUGCCAUACCGGGACAGCAAGAUGACUCGAAUUCUCCAGGACUCACUGGGUGGGAACUGUAGGACCACUAUUGUUAUUUGCUGUUCUCCUUCUGUCUUCAAUGAGGCGGAGACCAAGUCCACGUUGAUGUUUGGACAGAGAGCUAAGACCAUCAAGAACACAGUCUCCGUGAACCUGGAACUGACGGCGGAAGAAUGGAAGAAGAAGUAUGAGAAAGAGAAAGAGAAAAACAAGACUUUGAAGAACGUGAUCCAGCAUCUGGAGAUGGAGCUCAACAGGUGGAGGAAUGGGGAAGCUGUGCCUGAGGAUGAACAGAUCAGCGCUAAGGACCAGAAGAACCUGGAGCCGUGUGAUAACACCCCCAUCAUAGACAAUAUCACUCCUGUUGUUGCUGGCAUCUCUACAGAAGAGAAGGAGAAGUACGAUGAGGAGAUCUCUAGUCUCUACCGACAACUGGAUGAUAAGGAUGAUGAAAUCAACCAGCAGAGCCAGCUGGCUGAGAAGCUAAAGCAGCAGAUGUUGGAUCAGGACGAGCUUUUAGCUUCCACAAGAAGAGACUAUGAGAAGAUACAGGAGGAGCUGACGCGACUGCAGAUAGAAAACGAGGCGGCCAAAGACGAGGUGAAGGAGGUGCUGCAGGCCCUGGAGGAGCUGGCUGUCAAUUACGACCAGAAGUCCCAGGAAGUGGAGGACAAGACCAGGGCCAAUGAGCAGCUGACGGACGAGCUGGCCCAGAAAACGACUACAUUAACAACUACGCAGAGAGAGCUGAGCCAGCUCCAAGAGCUUAGCAACCACCAGAAAAAGAGGGCUACCGAAAUCCUGAAUCUGCUGCUGAAGGACCUGGGGGAAAUUGGUGGAAUCAUUGGCACCAACGAUGUGAAGACGUUGGCAGAUGUGAAUGGAGUCAUUGAGGAGGAGUUCACCAUGGCCCGCCUGUACAUCAGCAAGAUGAAGUCUGAGGUCAAGUCCCUGGUGAACCGCAGCAAACAGCUCGAGAGCGCCCAGAUGGACUCCAACAGGAAGAUGAAUGCCAGUGAACGGGAACUGGCAGCCUGCCAGCUGCUCAUCUCCCAGCAUGAAGCCAAGAUUAAAUCUCUGACAGACUACAUGCAGAACAUGGAACAGAAGAGGAGGCAGCUGGAAGAGUCCCAGGACUCGCUCAGCGAAGAGCUAGCCAAGCUCCGAGCCCAAGAAAAGAUGCACGAAGUCAGCUUCCAGGACAAGGAGAAGGAACACCUGACGCGGCUGCAGGACGCCGAGGAAAUGAAGAAGGCCCUGGAGCAGCAGAUGGAGAGCCACCGGGAAGCUCACCAGAAGCAGCUGUCCAGACUGCGAGAUGAAAUUGAAGAGAAGCAGAAAAUCAUUGAUGAGAUUCGGGACUUGAAUCAGAAGCUGCAACUGGAACAAGAGCAGCUCAGUUCUGAUUAUAACAAGCUGAAAAUAGAAGACCAAGAGAGAGAGAUGAAACUGGAAAAGCUUUUAUUGCUCAAUGAUAAAAGGGAACAAGCCAGAGAGGACCUGAAAGGGCUGGAGGAGACGGUGUCUCGAGAACUGCAGACUCUCCAUAACCUCCGCAAGCUCUUUGUCCAGGAUCUGACGACCCGAGUUAAAAAAAGUGUGGAGCUGGACAGCGAUGAUGGAGGGGGCAGUGCUGCCCAGAAGCAGAAAAUCUCCUUCCUGGAAAACAACCUGGAGCAGCUCACCAAGGUGCACAAGCAGCUGGUUCGAGACAACGCGGACCUGCGCUGUGAGCUGCCCAAGCUGGAGAAGCGGCUGCGCGCCACAGCGGAGCGCGUCAAGGCCCUGGAGAGCGCACUGAAGGAGGCCAAGGAGAACGCCAUGCGGGACCGCAAGCGCUACCAACAGGAGGUGGACCGCAUCAAGGAGGCGGUGCGCGCCAAGAACAUGGCCCGGAGAGCCCAUUCGGCCCAGAUAGCCAAACCCAUCCGCCCUGGACACUACCCAGCCUCGUCUCCGACGGCUGUCCAUGCCAUUCGAGGGGGAGGUGGCGGCUCUUCAGGCUCCGCUCACUACCAGAAAUAAACACAAGAUACGACUCCACGUAGCAUGUCAAGGACCACAUUAAUCACGGAUUCCUUUGUUUUGCCCCUCUCCUCCAUAAUUCCCGUUGUUCCCCACUUGCUUACCCCAGCCGUCUGCUGUAUACCGGUUUCAGGUAUUUCAAGCUGUGUAGGAUUUCUCUGUGUGCAGUAUGUGCUUGGCCUUUUCUCUUCCUGAGCAAUCGGGAGGAGAUGAUUACAGAAGAUCCACUUCCUGCUCAGAGCCAUUACCACUGACUCAGCUGCAGAGCAUCAGGGAGGCCUUUGGGCCAUCCCUGGGCCUCCUUUCCUGGCAGCGCAGGGUCUGACCGGGACACCCCAACCUGCCAUUCCCUGGAGGGGAUCAACCAAGUGCCGUGGAGGCGGGAGAUCAUGCUCUGCCUCAACUGUUUGUCUGGUUUCCUGUAAAAUAAACACAUGACUUUAUAUUUUUAGGGAACAAAAAAUGUGCUGCUAUAGGGUUCAAAAUUUUCAUUCUGAACACUUUUCCGAACAAAACAAAUUACCCCAAAGAAGCAUUUUGAAUAUCCUGGCCACAUCUUGGGAUCUGUAAAAUAUACCUUUUAGUAUGGCACCUGUUCAAAUGCAGAUCAAAUUUCUUCAAGGCAGAAAAACAAUCUGACAGUAGCAAUGUAGAAUUUGUUCACUCAGACACAUCUAUGUAAAUGCAAAAAGUCAUAAAAUUUUCCUCCAAGCUGCUUGCUACUGAACCUGCCGCAACUAGUCUCAGCCGGCCCGGGUUGAACAUCAUUCUUUCAGAAGUGCUGAAAAUGCUGCAAAGUCGGAUGGGUGGAAAUGGGGUUGCCUCCCUCCUCACUGCAUCUACCCUCAUCCUUCGGAAGCUUGCAGUCAGGGAUGGCCGCUUUUUCCAGGAAACCAUGUUAGUGUGUGUGAAGGUACUGCUAAGGAAACCCAGCAUCGGGCCAGCAGCUGAGAAACGAAGCUGGGGAGGAAAGUAAUUGACAGAAUUUUCUCCCUGGCUACAAAUAAGUUGUUCUUUUAAUGCACCACCGCAGACUGUUUUAUUUGAAUUCUCCCUUUGGCACCAAAUAGGUUUUAUCUUGUUAGGUACAAUUAGAAAAAGUCAGUAGAGAUGGAUUUUUUUACAUUUAGCUACUGCUCUAUUCAAAUACGUGAUCUGAAGCUGAUCCCACCUUACUCCUGGUUGUGCAUAGUAAAAAGAUUGGUUUCCAGCUGGUAAGGCUUUCCGCAAAACUCACCGGGAUUCAGAUAGGUUGGUCUGGUGUGCUGCUGCUUGUUCUGAUAAAUUUGAGGUUAAUGACAACCCAGCCAGAUUUGGUGAGAGCACCCAUCCUGCCAUUGUGCAUGUCUGAGAUGCGUGAGUUGGCACUGUCCCCUACAGCUGUCACCACUGGAAUGAAGUGUAUGCCAGGGAGACUGGGCUUUCCUGUGGCUGUGUGGGUCAAAGAAGUUCAAGUCUGAGUGUGUGUGUGUGUGUGUGUUACGGAUUGUGUACUGACUUCCAAACUUUUGUAAAAAAUUUCUCUAACUGAGCAAGGCUGCUCAGACUUAAUUUAUUUGUUAAAUGUUGUACUUUGUGUGUGUUUUAUGUUUUUUUUGGAGGGAGGGUGAGAAAGGAAUAAAUUCUGUUGGCUUUGUUUCAUAUUUGCCAAUUUUACAUUUGUGUAUUUUUUUUUUCAAUCGAUCUGGUUUUGUUGCCAGUGCCUGCCCAAUAUGGCUGCUUGCUCACUCUGCAGUCUGAUAGAAAAGCCUUUGGAGGGCAGGUUUCGCAAGCCUCCCCAGGCAACCAAACAUGCCACAAUUAUAACCUUGCUGUUAAUUUGUUUGCCUCUGAUUGGGGAAACUGAAAGCUUGGUCUUUGCGAGGGUGACUGAUUAAUCAUUGUCACACCACUGCUUGUCCACCAUGCAGCUGCGUUGCUCUUGCAUUUGGGAAUUGAACAAAAGUCAGUCCCCCCGCCCCCAGGCUUUGCUAAUAUCCAUCACAAAAUAGAUUAUUUUAGAAUCUUUCCAAAGUAAUUUUUCCCUGGGCACCCCUUUUCUACUUCUAAGAACCUUCUUGGCUCUUUCAUGUUUCAAAAAGAAACGUUCACUUUUAGUUCCCCAUUACUUGAUCUCUACAAGGGACUGACAAAGUGCACCUCACUUUAAUUCACAGAGAAAGUUGGCUUUGAUGUCUUGUAAAGAUAAUCCUGCUAGCUGCUGAUCGGCCAGUCAGUUCACCUAGCUCCCAUCUUUAUAGGACCUCUCAUCCGAUUUCCUCACUGUGGCUAAAGGUGGGCAGAUGCUUGUGACAUCGCGUGUGCAGAUGGAUCCCUGCACGUCACUUAGCAUAGUACGCCGGUUUCUCUGUCAGGACCCUGUUUUCUGUGGGCCACUUUUUUCAAAAAGCCACAUUUCUGCCAUUUUUGCUUUUUAAGAAUGUUGCUCCUUAUACCCCAAAUGUUAGCAAGUUCUGAACAGCCAAGGCUAUCAUUUUGGUUGUUUGCUGCCUUUUUGCCAGUGUGUAUGCGCGUGUGUCUUUUACUCCUGCGUGAAUAAUUUUGUGUAUCCUGCUUCUUGAAAGUUGACUCUUCAGUGCUAUAAGAGCCAGAUGAUUUACACAAAUCUCUACCUGCAGGAUGGCAGUGCUAAAUUAGAGGAAUGUUGUUUGAGAGAUCAAGAUUUAUGGUUGGGACAUAAAAUUUAUUAGUACCAAAUGUGUUUUGAUCAAUUACUAGAAAAUUCUGUAGAAAUGAGGCAUUUCUUCAAAUGCUGCACGGUUGGCUUUUGUUGAGUGGCAGGUGGUAGACAGAACAGUAAAGAGUAGGUUAAGAAUUUUGAAGAAAAUAGAAUGGCAUAACCAAGAAAAGUCAGAAUUCAUAGGGCAAUGUGAAGAAACAAAAGUAUUUGUUUAGAAUGUAGUGCCUAGUGAUCUGAAAGCCCUAAAGUUCCCAUACACAGGUGAGCUUCCUGUUCAAGGCAUCACUAGGACUCAGAAGGGGACUUAGCAGGCCUGCUCUCCUAUCAGAAUAACUGGAAGCAAAUACAAGCUCUGAACGAUCCCCUUUUGAAUUGCUUUUUUGACUAAGGCGGGAGACACCUGGACUCCAGCCAGAGGGCACACUGGGAAAGUUUUUCAUUGUCAGGGGCAAGUGGAAGAUGUCACUUCAUUGUCUCACCCAGAAUAUCAAAGCAAGCUAAAGGAGCAUUGUAGUCUAAAAUUGCUUCCUUCAACGCUAACAACUUAGACUUUUAAAAAAAAAUGUAUUGAACGAGAGCCAGAUAGCUGCUGAAGAAGCACUGCUCCAUGAAGCCUGCUUACUUAAAAAUUAUUGAUCAACUUUAAACACUUCUCAUUGUGUGCAGGUAUAAGGGGACGAGGGCGUUCUGUAGAAUUAUCCGUGUCUAGUCUGUCCAGUGUGUUGUGUAUACUGCUGGUGUAUGUUCUCUGGGCUUUGUGUAUCUGUACAGUAGCUUUCAUGAAAAUAUGUGGACAAACGUGGUGGUUUGAGGGGGGAACAGCAGUUUGUAUUGCGUAACGGUGCUGUACUAUGGGAUGUGUCACAGAAGAUCUGGAAGCAGCCCUCCCCUUGGCCCGUGGAAGAUUCUGGUUAUCUUCUAGGUUCUCAAAUGAAGAUGUAUGGACACUCUGGCAGACUGCAUGUUGUAUAAUUUUACAAAUACUAAAAGUGGAAAAUAAAAUUGAA